AUUUCGUUUGUGGUAUUAAUUUUAAGUGAACUGUUUACAUUGCGAAAAAAUUAUCCUCAGAUUAAUUUAAAUUAUAUAUAUAUUUUUAUGAAAUUUACAAAAAUAUAUAAUUUAAGAAAAGUUAAGAACAAUUUCAUAAAGUGUAUAUAGUGAUAAAUUAGAUUAAUAUUUUUUUUAUUUAAAACGAUAUUUAAACAUCAAACAGCAGACAUGAAAGAAGGACACAACGUGUCCAAUAUAAAAGAUGAUUAUAUUCAUGAAAAUGGAGAGGCUGUAAAUACGGUUAAUACAGAGGAAUCUCCAGCAAAGCAGAAAUUGCGUGGAUGGCUAAAUCGAAAUUUAAGAAUAAAAAUGACAGAUGGCCGUGUUUUAAUAGGUGCAUUCUUAUGUACUGAUCGUGAUGCCAAUGUGAUUUUAGGAUCAUGUUCAGAAUUUCUAUCAGAGGACCACACAGAAGCAAGAACUCUUGGUUUAGUAAUGAUACCUGGUAGACAUAUUGUAACAAUACAUCUUGAUGCUUGAGUAA